UCCACGGAGAGGCAAAGAGCGGCAGGGGGAGCGCAGAAAAUGGAGGGAGAGGGAGAAGGCUGAAGACAGUGUGAGCUUCGCUGCACGCUGUUAAUAAUACCAGCUAAACCAGGGCGAAUGAGGACGUUUUUGGGGUCACACAGGACCCCGCACAAAAAUACAAACUCAUUUCUCAGACACGCCAUGGCAUCCUCCCUCGAUGCAGGGACGAUGGAAAGGAGAGACGUGAAAGAGGAAAAGGAUCUAGAGACAGAGGAGAACUGGACAAAAACAGAGGAGUCUCCCGUCCUUUGGGGCGAAUUUCAAGGGACACAGCAGACGGAGGGGGAAGACGAGGACGAGUGGUACCACAAGGGUCUGCAUAGAUGUCGGCCUGAUGACACCUGGGUGGCCUUCAGAGAUGCAGAAGGUGAGGAACCCCGGACAGAUGAUCAGGAGGGGCACACAACACGACAGGACGGGCGCUGGUGGUGCGAAGACAGUACAACGUUGUGUACGAGGGAGCACUCUACAGACAAAAGCAGUCUGGAACAUGUAUUUGAAAACUGCUUUCCUCCAAUGUCACAUCCACUUGUAGAAGAAGAAAUUCAGCCGCUGGAAUCAUUACUACAUGAUGUUAAACCUCAAGGUCAUAAACAGCCAUGGAGAAGAUCCACAGACUAUCUACAGAGAGCCACAUCUGAACACACAAGACAUCCUGAUCUUCUCUACAAGUGGGAAGGAUCACAGCUACACAGCACCUACCUCUCAUCUCUCCAUAUCAACCCCAAUGACAAGGGUCCACCACACAGAACCAAGUUUUUGGCAUCUUCUCCAGUCCCUAAACAGAGGCCACAACCACACAAACUGAGCGCUGGGUUAGCAAGAGAUCCAGAGCUUAAACUGAUGAAGGUGGCCUCUGUGUCAGUCCAUGUCACUGGCUUCAGUCCAUCCCAUCACCUGCAGUCCCUUUUCCAGCACUGGUCGCAGCCCAAUAGGAAGACUAGACUGAAGGUUGCCUAUGAAUUUAACCGCAGUCUCCUCGUGUGACCAUUCUCUGGGACUCACAAUUCACAGUUUUGGUAAUAUUUGGUGGCAGAGCUGAGGAUUUUUAUGUCACAGAAAAGUAUAUUUUCUACAAUAAAAGUUAAUGAUUAAAGAGUGA